CGCGCAGUGGGCGCGCCCAGGGCGGGGCCUGCAGGACCGCCGCGCCACCCGCCCGCCGCCGCCGCCAUGAUCAUCCCGGUCCGCUGCUUCACCUGCGGCAAGAUCGUGGGCAACAAAUGGGAGGCCUACCUGGGGCUGCUGCAGGCCGAGUACACCGAGGGGGAUGCCCUGGAUGCUCUGGGCCUAAAGCGCUACUGCUGCCGCCGUAUGUUGCUGGCACACGUGGACCUGAUUGAGAAGCUGCUCAACUACGCACCACUGGAGAAAUAGCUGCUGGAGCUGCCUUCCUGCUCUGCUGACCAAGGACAGUGUCACGCCGAGUUCAUCAGCUGAGGUGUUGUGCAGUUGAGAGCAAUGCCUGGCCACAGUCAUGUACCUCCCAUGCUGGAAGAACUGUCCAGUAAAGGUCUUGAGAAUUACCCAGGUG